UUUGGUCAUUCACAAGCUGCUUGUUUAUACAAUCCAUCCAGGCAGUUUACUUGUUCACAACACCUCAUCCAUGGCACUUGUGAGUGCAGCCGAUCCACAAACCUCCUCUGUUUCCAGUACUUCUCGAUAUUGUCGUUAUCACGUGUUCCUGAGUUUCAGAGGCCAAGACACUCGCAAGACUUUCACUGACCACCUCUACACGGCCCUUGUCAAAGCCGGAUUUCGCACUUUCCGAGAUGACGAUGAAGUCGAGAGGGGAGAAGGUAUCAAGCCCGAACUGCAGAAAGCAAUCAAACACUCAAGAACUUCUGUUAUUGUGUUUUCGAAAAACUACGCGUCGUCCAGAUGGUGCCUUGACGAGCUCGUCAUGAUCCUUGAACGCAAGAGGCUCUCAGCUGACCAUGUCGUUUUACCUGUCUUCUACGACGUGGAUCCAUCCGACUUGCGGAAGCAGAAAGGAAGUCUUGCGGAGGCAUUCGCUAGACACCAAAAAACCCAACCGUCGAACAAAGUGAAGGAAUGGAGGGAGGCACUUGCAGAGGUUGCAGAUCUGGCAGGGAUGGUCUUACAAAAUCAAGCUGAUGGACACGAGUCAAAGUUUAUCAACAAGAUUGUUCAAGUGAUGGGAGAAAAACUAAGGCGUAGACCCCUAAGUGUUCCCCACAUCAUGAUCGGAAUGCAUUCUCAAAUCAACGAACUGAAUUUAUGGUUACAAGAUGGAUCAGAUGAUGUUGGCAUACUUGUAAUUUAUGGCAUGAGCGGAAUAGGGAAGACAACCAUUGCAAAGUCUGUUUAUAAUUCAAACUAUGGAAGGUUUGAAGGAAGUAGCUUCCUUGAAAACGUAAAAGAAGUUUCUCAGCAACCCAAUGGCUUAGUUCAAAUACAAACACAGCUUCUUUCUGAUAUUUUGAAUGGGAGAAAAAUGAAAAUAAGCAAUGUUAGUGAAGGAUUAACUGAGAUUGAAGAUGCAAUAAGCUCUAAGAGGGUUCUCCUUGUUCUCGACGAUGUGGAUCAUAGGGAUCAAUUAGAUGCAGUAUUUCGGAUGAAAGAUCUGUUUUAUCCAGGAAGUAAAAUCAUAAUAACAACUAGGCAUGCAAGAUUGUUAAGGGCUCAUCAAGUUACUAAGGUGCAUGAAGUUGAAACUUUGAAUUCCAAGGAAUCAUUGGAGCUUUUUAGUUGGCACGCUUUUGGUCAGGACCAUCCCUUUGAAGGUUACAUAGAAUAUUCGCAAAAAAUAGUGGGUCAUUGCGGAGGACUUCCAUUAGCUCUUGAAGUUUUAGGUUCUUCUAUGUACUUGGGGGAUAGUAUAGAUGUAUGGAAAAGUGCACUGGAGAAGUUAGAAGCCAUUCCAAAUGGUGAAAUAGUAAAUAAACUAAGAGUAAGCUAUGACUCUUUGCAAGAUGACCAUGACCGAAAUUUAUUCCUCCACAUUGCUUGUUUCUUUAUCGGAAAGGACAAAGACUACAUUGUUAACAUACUAGAUGGAUGUGAUUUCUAUACAAUUGUUGGCAUUCAAAAUCUCAUCGAUAGAUGUUUGGUGACAAUUGAUGAAUUUGACAAGGUGCAGAUGCAUGACAUGAUCCUUGGAAUGGGAAGACAAAUUGUUUGCCUAGAAUCAGAAAAGCCUUGGAAGCGUAGUAGAGUAUGGCAACAUAAGGAUGCUUUCAAUAUCUUGACAGAAAAGAAUAUUCAAUUGAAGGCCUUGUCCUCGACAUGCACAUGCUCCCUAGAAACAGUCACAUAAACUCAACGGAGAUGGUCUUGGAAGCCAAUGCAUUCGCAAGGAUGCAUGAACUAAAACUACUCCAUCUUAGUCAUGUACAACUCGACGGAUCUUAUGCAGAAUUUUGUACAAGAUUAAGAUGGUUGUGUUGGAAUAAGUUUCCUUUGGAUUCUAUACCCACAGAUUUUCCUUUGGGGAGCCUGAUUGUUCUUGAAAUGCAAUAUAGCAGCUUGAGGCAAGUCUUCAAAGGA